UGGUUCCGUGGUCCAACGAGUUUGCCUUUAUUGCAUCUAUGCCUUGCAAGACAGCAGAGGAGAGACAAGUCAGAGACAGAAAAGUGUUUCUUCUUCACAACCUCUUUGUCGAUGUCGCGACUUUCAGAGCCAUCAAAGCUGUUCAGAAAGUAAUGACUGAGCCAGUGCUGGCUCAAGAAGACUCUGACGUUCUAUAUUCCGAGACAACUGGAGACUUGAGUGUUACGGUUACAAGGGAUACUUCAAAUGCAAGUAGUAAAGUGGAUACAAAAAUUGAUGGAAUUCAAGCCACUGGUCUGGAUAAAAAGAAGCUGAUGGAACGGAACCUUCUCAAGGGACUUACUGCUGAUGAAAAUACUGCUGCCCAUGACGUUGCUACUUUAGGGACUAUAAGUCUUAAAUAUUGCGGUUACAUUGCUGUUGUGAAAAUAGAGAAGGAGAGUGAGGAGUUAAGCCCACCUUCUCAAAUUGUUGACCUCCUUGAACAGCCUGAAGGUGGUGCUAAUGCUCUAAACAUUAACAGUUUGAGAUUCCUUCUCCAUAAAUCCUCUUCUGAGCAGAACAAGAAAACACCUCAUCAACAAGAUGAUGAGCUCACAUCUUCACGGGAAUUUGUAAGUAAAAUGGUGGAAGAAAGUAUUGUAAAGCUUGAAGAAGAGGAUAUAGACAGGGAGAGUAUCAUGAGAUGGGAGCUUGGUGCUUGUUGGAUACAGCAUUUACAAGACCAAAAGAAUACGGAAAAGGACAAAAAACAAAACAGUGAAAAAUCCAAGAAUGAAUUGAAGGUUGAAGGGCUUGGGAAACCGCUUAAGUCCCUCAAUAGCAGCAAAAAGAAAACAGAUGUAAGCAGCCCUAAGACGACGCAGACUGCAGUAUCAUCUCAGGUUGAUGGGGUUUCUUCAGAGACUGAUAAUUCUGCAGCAACUGCAUCUUUGCAAUCCGAUGCCGAGAAGAAUGCUCAAGAAAAUGUACUCGUCUUGAAGAAUUUGUUGUCUGAUGCAGCCUUCACUCGCCUAAAAGAGUCAGAUACUGGACUUCAUCACAAGUCUUUGCAAGAACUUGUCGACUUGGCACAGAACUAUUAUACUGAAGUUGCUAUUCCGAAACUGGUUGCAGAUUUUGGUUCGUUGGAGCUCUCCCCAGUCGAUGGUCGGACUCUAACUGAUUUUAUGCACACAAGAGGUCUUCGGAUGCGUUCCUUAGGAUAUGUUGUGAAGCUUUCAGAUAAGUUGUCACAUGUACAAUCACUGUGUGUUCAUGAGAUGAUUGUAAGAGCCCUUAAACAUAUCCUCCAGGCGGUGAUUUCUGCCAUUGCUACUGACACUGACAAUAUAGCUAUAAAAGUAGCUGCUGCUUUGAACAUGAUGCUUGGGAUUCCUGAAAAUACUGCAGCACCACCACAGAACACUUGGAAUGUACAUCCUCUGAUCUUCCGGUGGUUGGAGAAAUUCUUGAAGAAGCGAUAUGAUUAUGAUCUUAAUGCCUUCAGUUACAAGGAUCUACGGAAGUUUGCCAUUCUCCGUGGAUUAUGCCAUAAGGUUGGUAUUGAGUUGAUUCCAAGGGACUUUGACAUGGAUUCUCCAGCACCGUUUCGGAAAACAGAUGUGGUCAGUCUGGUCCCAGUGCAUAAGCAAGCAGCAUGUUCAUCUGCUGACGGAAGGCAACUUCUGGAGUCAUCUAAAACAGCUUUAGAUAAAGGAAAGCUUGAAGAUGCGGUUACGUACGGAACAAAGGCUCUUGCUAAACUUGUAGCAGUUUGCGGUCCCUAUCACAGAAUGACAGCCGGAGCUUACAGUUUACUUGCUGUAGUUCUAUAUCACACUGGUGACUUUAAUCAGGCUACGAUAUAUCAGCAAAAGGCUUUAGAUAUCAAUGAGAGGGAACUUGGACUUGAUCAUCCAGAUACGAUGAAGAGUUAUGGUGAUCUUGCUGUCUUCUAUUAUAGGCUUCAGCAUACAGAGCUGGCUCUUAAGUAUGUUAAGCGUGCGUUGUAUCUCUUACAUCUCACAUGCGGUCCAUCUCAUCCAAACACUGCUGCUACAUACAUCAAUGUAGCCAUGAUGGAGGAAGGUCUAGGAAAUGUACAUGUUGCCUUGAGGUACCUUCACAAAGCUCUCAAGUGUAAUCAAAGGUUGCUUGGUCCUGAUCACAUCCAGACUGCUGCAAGUUACCAUGCCAUAGCAAUUGCACUCUCGUUGAUGGAGGCAUACCAUUUAAGUGUUCAGCAUGAGCAAACAACCUUAAGAAUCCUCCGAGCAAAGCUUGGGCCAGAUGAUUUACGUACUCAGGAUGCUGCUGCUUGGCUAGAAUACUUUGAAUCCAAGGCUUUUGAACAACAAGAAGCUGCACGAAAUGGAACUCCUAAGCCAGACGCAUCUAUAGCCAGCAAAGGGCACCUAAGUGUAUCCGAUCUACUCGACUAUAUCAACCCAAGCCAUAACGCCAAAGGGAAAGAGAGUGUGGCAGCAAAGAGGAAGAACUAUAUUAUGAAGCUCAAGGAAAAAUCCAAGCAGAGCAAUGUUUCUGAACCUUUAGCAGAUAUUCCGAGAGAAAAACAAAAGGAGAUGUCAGAGGAAGAGACAGAAGAAACUGGAUCAGAAGAAGGUAAAUCAAGCGAGGAAAAUCACGAGACAGUUCUUGCACCAGUUGAAGAACCACCUUCUCCUCCAGUCAUUGAGGAGGCUAUUAUGGAUAACAGUGAUCCAAUUACAUCUAGUGAAGUUUCAACCGAGCCACAGCACCCUGAUGGUAGUGAAGAUGGAUGGCAACCAGUGCAAAGACCGAGAUCUGCUGGAUCAUAUGGUCGCAGGAUGAAGCAGCGACGAGCAUCCAUCGGGAAAGUAUAUACAUAUCAGAAGAAGAAUGUUGAAGCUGAUAUUGAUAAUCCUCUUUUCCAGAAUGCUACUCAGCAGAACGGCAAAUACUACAUUCUCAAGAAGCGAACAGCGUCAUAUGCUAGCUAUGCGGAUCAUCAUUCUCCUAAUUUGACAGCUCAAGGCACCAAAUUUGGGAGGAAGAUAGUCAAAACCUUGGCGUAUCGGGUUAAAUCAAUGCAGCCGUCUUCUGGUAAUACUAAGACUGCUGGUGAAACCUCAGAAGAAGAUGGGUUAAAGACAGAUGCUUCUUCUGUUGUGCCAGCUACUCAGUCUAGUACUGUGCAAAGUGAAGCCUACCACACGAAAAACUCUGUUGUAAGUCUUGGAAAAUCUCCAUCAUACAAGGAAGUAGCAUUGGCACCACCUGGUUCGAUUGCCAAGUAUCAAGUCUGGGCUCCACAAAAUGAAGCUUCAGAUAAGCAAGAGGGUGAUGAGUUGGAGAGAACAGGAUUACAGGAAGAGGUUAAAGCUGAAAUCUCUGCAAACAUGGAAUCUACCAAAACUCAAGGCGAAGAAGAGAUCAAAGUAGAGUUACUACCAUCUGAAGUGAUAGUUGAAGGAACCAUUUUGAAUGAAAACGAAGAAUCUGGUGGUGGCAUUCAUGCGGAGGAACAAGUUGAAAAUGAAUUGAUAAACGAAGAAGGUGUUACAGAUAUAAUUCAUUCAACCGCAGAGCAAGAAAUGGCAGAUCAGUUAGCUGCUGAUACCGAAGAUUUGAAGGAAAAACUGUUAAUAUCUGCUACAGACUCAAGCGACCCCUCACGGAUAUUGUUACCUAACAAGAAGCUAUCUGCUUCAGCUGCUCCAUUCAACCCAUCAUCACCUCCAAGUAUAAUACGUCCUACUCCAAUAGGAAUGAACAUUGGACCGUCAUGGCCAGUGAACAUGACUCUCCAUCACGGACCUCCUCCUCCUUACCCUUCACCUCCGUCAACUCCAAACUUGAUGCAGCCAAUGUCCUUUGUUUACCCACCUCCAUACACUCAGUCAGUCCCCACAAGUACUUACCCUGUAACAAGUGGCCCUUUUCAUCCCAAUCAGUUCCCGUGGCAGCUCAAUGUGUCGGAUUUUGUACCAAGAACGGUUUGGCCUGGAUGCCAUCCAGUUGAGUUUCCCCCUCCGCACAUGAUCACCGAGCCAAUAGCUGCAACCGUGUUAGAGCCAACUGUGAUUCUGCCAACUGAUAUUGACACUUCAGGAGUAGAAGAAGGCACAAAAAAGGAAGAAGAAGAAGAAGAAGGCAAGCGAGAUGUGGCUAUUGCGGACGAAGUUAUGGAUCCUGUUAACCAUGUGAGCAAUGCAGUGGCUCGCAGUGAAAUGGAGAAUGGAAACCGAAAAGCCGAGGAUGGUGAGAAAACUUUUAGCAUUUUGUUAAGAGGGAGGAGAAGCAGGAAACAGACACUGAGAAUGCCAAUAAGUUUGCUUAAACCUUAUGAUUCUCAACCGUUCAAGCUUGGUUAUAGCAGAGUUAUCAGAGACAGCGAGGCUCCAAGGUCUGUAGCCUGAAACUCUCUCCAGAGAGCCAAUUCGAUGAAAUGCAUAACUCACAGAUCUCUCUGAUCUUUUGCUGUAUCUUUGGGACAGUAUAAAGGCAUGGGAAGCUGAGGCUUGUGAUAGCCUUGAAAUGGAUUUUAACCGCGGAAAGAUUGUGCAGGAGAGAGAGAAGGCCAAGCUAUUCUUUUGUUUACCAAAGAAGUGAGGUGAUGUAUCAUUUUUUUCUGGGGUUUUUCAUUUUUAAUUCAGCCAAUAAAAGUUAAAAACGUAGGAAAUUUUGGACAUAAUUUUUUUUUGGUUCUCCAUGUUUGAACGUUACGCUAGUUUCACUUGUUUUACUUUACGUAUUUUGUCAUUGAUUAUUA